GCCUAAGCAUGGGCCUUUGCAGUUGACUCUGGCUCUCUUGAAGCCAGAUGUUACAAGAGUACCUCAUGUUUUGCAGGCUAUCAGAAGCAAGAUUCUAAGUGAAGAGUUCCUGGUGGUACGUCACAAGGAGGUCCGACUCAGCAGGCAAGACACGGAGAAGUUCUAUGGGGAACACCAGGAGAAGUUUUUCUAUAACAGACUCGUCACAUUCAUGGCAAGUGGACCAACCCAUGCCCUUGUUCUUGCCCGCGAGGAUGCCAUCAAGCACUGGAGAGCACUCAUGGGUCCCACCAAAGUGUACAAGACAAAAUACGAGGCACCACACACUCUGCGUGGCUUGUAUGGGCUCACGGACACAAGAAACUCCACUCAUGGUUCAGAUUCACCAGAAACUGCUGCAAAAGAGAUGAAUUUCUUCUUUCCUGAAUUCAACAGGGAAGAGUGGCUAGAAAGCGAAGAAGAAAAGUUCAGAAAAGGUUUAGUCACUUUUGAUGAAAAUAAUUUCAUACAUAGAGUGUCCUUAGAAAACAGAUUAAACAACGAAAGUGUGAAGUAGAGAUGUAUAUUAUUAGUGAUAUUUGAUUUUGUAUAUAUGUAUUAUAUAAUGCCUUUCUUUAUGCAAAUUGUAAUGAAGUCUCAGGAAAACAUUUUAUGCACAUUUA